AGCAACACGCUACCUCAUGUUAGGUACAUUUCCAUCCUCGUCUCCUCUUCUUUAAAGUCCUUUCAACUGACCAUCUCUUCUGGUUCAGUUUUCUAUUAACUGGCCGGAAAACUGGUCGUCAACCAAUAUAGAACCAAUAUGCAUGUAUUUAGGCACAUGCAUGAACUAUCUUCUCCUCUCAAACAACAAACUAUCCUGAGUACUUAGGCACGUAGAUUUUCUUUCCCACAACUGUCUCUCCCUCGUCCUCGUCUUUCACCAUUGCUGAAAAUGGAGCAAUCCCACAUCCUCCAGCUUCUAGUACUGCUUGUUAUGUUCUUUUUGGCCUCCCAAGUCUAUUCCGAGCCAAGAGGCCUUCGCGUCGAUCUAAUCCAUGUUGAUUCGAAGGGCAAUUACUCCAAGCUUGAGCUGCUGCAACGUGCAGCCCUGCGGAGCAACCACAGAAUGGCAAGGUUGAUAGCAAAGACGACAAAGGCUGUGGAUUCGGGAAGCAAAGUCCAAGCACCAGUCCACGCAGGCAAUGGGGAGUUCUUGAUGGACUUGGCCAUUGGCACUCCUAGCCUGCCUUUCCCUGCCAUCCUUGACACGGGAAGCGACCUCAUAUGGACGCAGUGCAAGCCUUGCACCGACUGCUUCGAGCAGCCUACUCCAUUGUUUGAUCCGUUGAAGUCAUCCACAUUCUCUAGGAUUCCUUGCUCUAGCGAUCUCUGCCAGGCUCUUCCUACUUCCACAUGCAAAUCCGACUGCAACUACCUAUACUCUUAUGGAGACUCCUCAUCAACCCAAGGUGUUCUGGCAAGCGAGACCUUCGCCUUUGGGUCUACAGCAGUUUCGGACAUCGCGUUCGGAUGUGGCGACGCAAACCAAGGCGCUGGGUUCUCGCAGGGCUCUGGUCUUGUUGGACUCGGGCGUGGACCCUUGUCCCUGAUAUCCCAACUAGGCCUCGGCAAGUUCUCGUACUGCCUCACAUCUUUAGACGAAUCUAAGAAGAGCCCUCUUUUAUUUGGCUCUCUAGCCGAUUUGGGUGGGGGUGCAGAGAAAGUUCAAUCCAUACCGCUAGUCAAAAACCCUUCUCAGCCAUCCUUCUACUAUCUCACUCUAAAAGGGAUAACAGUUGGAUCAAUCAAUCUACAAAUCCCAAGCUCAACUUUUGAACUGCAAGAUGAUGGGACUGGUGGCCUGAUCAUAGACUCCGGUACCUCCAUCACCUACUUGGAAUUGGCUGGAUACAAGAUGGUGAGGAAGGCUUUCCUGUCUCAGAUGCAAUUGCCGGUCGCAGACGGCACCGAUAUCAGUCUCGAUCUUUGUUUCUCACUGCCAUCCGAUUCAUCAACUGUGGAGGUUCCAAAACUUAAAUUCCACUUUGAUGGUGCUGAUUUGGAUUUACCGGCAGAUAACUACAUGAUAGUUGAUUCAAGCACCGGUUUGCUAUGCUUAACAGUUAUGCCGUCUCAUGGAAUGUCAAUAUUGGGCAACUUCCAGCAGCAGAACAUGCAAAUUCUAUAUGAUUUGGAGAAUGAGAAGUUAUCUUUCAUUCCAACUCAAUGCGAUCAGCUGUGAGUUAUUUUCUGCUAAGGUUUGGAUUUUCUUACUUGAUAUUGUCUUUUGUCGUUCCUGUGGAACAAUGUAAAUCUAUAUUGGCUCAUUUGUAGUUGCUGGAUUUGUCAUAGAUCGCAUCACCGCCUAUGAAAUAAUACCAGUUUACAGCUCCACGUGUCUUCUGAUUGUUA